AGAAAAAUAAGUAGAUCUAUUUUUCCGUUAACAUCCUUUACAAACCUUUAAAUUGGGCUCUGUUGCUUCAUUGUUAAUCUCUGCCACUUGUAAGAUAUUAUCCCUAAGCUUAACAAUUUGUCUUCCUAUUUUUACAACAUUUUGUAAAGAAAGAUAAUGGUAUCCAGUUCAAAACGUGACAUGUAUUUCUCACAUUAAAAAAAAGAUACGUUGGCGUUUCAGGAUAAUAAUAAUAAUAAUAUAAUUCUAGUAAAACAAAAAAGAAUCAAACGCACAGCACUGGAUGAAUAACUUGAAAGAUGGGAGCAACUGCUCUUGUGAAACAAGGUGAGCAACACCUCUCUCAGCACAGACAAGGCCACGCCGCUCCAGCUGGCUGGCUCAAGCUCCCUCAUGGCUCGAGUGUUUACUGUCGGUGCUCUGACAACCGGGGUAAACAAGACAGCGCUGCGCCGCCGAGCUCGGCUUCGGGGAGCCCCAGUCGGCAGCAUGGCCCUUUCCGAGAAACAGUACCUGGAGAGAACCGGAGCCCUUCAGCGGAAUCUGCACGAAGGUGAGAAAAAGAGAUUGGAGUUGGAAAGAGAGCUGUUUACUUACUGCAGGUCUGACAGAAUAUCCCAGAUAAAAAAUACAAAAUUGCGCUGCUAUCUGAAGGAGAUCUGUGAAAGAGAAAACCAAGCUAAGAUUAGAAACCUCCAGUUUCUGAAAGAUUUUCAGCAUAUUGAAUUGCAUCUAAAGACUCUGGUUCCUGACUACAGCACAUUAUAUCAGAAAAAGGUGGAAUGUGGCAAUCAGAUUGCGAAAUUACUGGCAUUAUGGAAAAAUGAGAAGGAAAAUUUACAAGAAGAGGAAAUCACAAAUAAGGCAAAGAUGUUACCAGGAUCGAUGCACAAUAAUGCCACUUUACACCUUGCUCAAGGACUACACCAGCCUGCUACUAUCUUUAUGGGCCGCCAAACCUCAAGAGUUUUUAACGGUGAAAUGUCACCAAUGAAGCCAUCCCUUCAACCUGCAGAUUGCAUAUCUAAUCAGUAUCCGCUUUCUUUGCAAGAGUUAGAUUGUAAACUUUCAUGCAAGGCCAAUGUUACAGCAAAAGGAGCAGAAUGCUUUACAGGUUUGUCAGAUGAAGUACGCAGUUCCCGGAAUUUCAACACUAAUAGAAGUGUACCUAUAAAAAAUGAAAACAGUGUUCCAUCUGCUUCAGGCAGCAUUCUAGGUCCAGUUUCUUCACCAAAUCUUGAACAUAUGGCAUCACAUGUUAUUGUAAAUGCACCUGACAAAAGAGUGCCAUCCCAAACUAGUGUCGGACAAAGGGAAAGUAAUUCUCCGUUUUCAAGAAAUAGUGAUUUAAGCACUGACAUCAUGAAGAAAAGUCAUCAUGAAUCUGGCAGAUGUGUUCCUCAUGUGGAUUUGCAUAAAACUGAAUCUGGAAAAGUAAAUCAUAAUAAUGUUGAUCUGGAAAAUGGUCCCCAAAAUCCUGUCCCUAAUGCAGCCAUUAAUAUGGAAAGGCUGGAAAAUGAGACUGCAGAUACAGACAGUGAUCUUACUGUUUCUCUGAGUGAGGAUGGGGAUCCUUCAGGGUUACUUGAGAGUGGAGGAGACAAGGACCUUGACAGCAGUAAGAUUGAUACAUGGAAGAGCCCCAAGCAGGUCGUUACCGGUACAGAGCGAAAUGUAGAGCACAAAAACGGAAUUUCAGAAAGUGCUGUACAGUCUUUGCGCUGCAAAUCAUAUGUGAAGACAAAAGAUGAAGAUCUUUUACCUGAGGGACUCGUGCAUUUAAUGAAGAGCAUAGAAGAACGACUGCAUCAAAGAGAAAAAUAUCUGGAGCUCUAUAAGACCAUGUCAAUUAGUAAGGAAAAGCUCAAUGCAUUGAUAAGCCUUUGUAAUCACAAGGCUUGCUUGAAUGAAGAGGACCUUGAAGCAUGUGGAGCAGUCGUCCUUCAUCAGCUUCAGAGGUUGUCAUGGAGCACGUCAAAGGGAUGCUUAUUACCCGAAGAGAUAGUUAGCGGUAACUGGAACACUGUGGAGGAGAGAAAAAUAAGAUCCUGUCUACCUCCAGAUUCUGCAUUGUUGUGGGAGUGUUGGUACAAACAUGCUCUUAUUUUGGAAGACUGCCACAUUUUAACCACUGAUGAGAUAAUUGAUUUAUUCACACCAUUACUGGUUUCUGAAAACUCUUCAAAUAUCAGCAAGGCUAAAGCUUUACUGAAGACACUUCUUCCACAAAUGUCUGAAGGAAGCCUUUCUAUUCAGAGUAAUGAAUCGUCUCGCAGUCUGCCAUCAAUACUCAAUGACAGUUGUGAAAUAAAACAAGCAAAACCUGCUCAAUGGCUCUACAGUACUGUCAUUGGGAAACAAGAACUACAAAGUGGUGAAGAGGACAGCAAGGAAGAGAGCUUAGUGGAAAGUAUUCCUAUUAGAGAGACUAAAGAAUAUCAGCUGCUAAAACAAUCAGCCGUGCAACAUGGAAGACAGACUUCUAUAGAAGAAGAUGGUCUAUCGGAUACGGAAAUGUCAGGACUAACACAUGAAACUGUUAAGAAGGAAGAAGCAUUUGAAUCAAAAAUAAAUUCUACCAGUCAUCAGGAAAGUCCUCUCUUUGGGGAUGAAGGCAAGAAGAAAACAAUUUCUGCUGUGAAAUCUAAAGCUUUCUGGGGUGAAUCAGAUGACAGCAACACCGAUAUUGAAGCUGCCUUGCGUCCUCAAAUUCACAGCACAAACAGUGACGACUUUGAUGACUUCUACGACUAACUGUGUGGCUUAGUCAGACAGAUUAAUGAAAAAGGACUGUUUAUUAAAAGUAUCAUUGUAAUGCAUUUUGUACGGUAUCUUAAUUACAAUUAUGUAUUUAAAUGAACAGAAUAUAAGAAAUACACUUGGGUUUUCAGAUGCAUGUGUCUGAUUUUUCUUUUUUUUCAUAUUUUUCAAAGUUAAUAUUAAAUGUUAAAAAGUAAGGUCUCAUACAUUGUUAACAGUGCUUUAUUAUGAGCAUUUUCCCUUAAUAGUCGGUAACAGUUUGCUUGAAUUUUAAUAUUGUAAUGUACUUUGGUUCUGGUACACAAAAAGCAAAGGUAUUUUUAUUUCCCAUGUUAAAUAUUCAUUCAGAAAAAUGAAAGAUCUGGACACCUCAUUAGCUUUAAACUAAUGGUUCCCACAAGCCAAAACAAGGUCUCAGCAUCCAGGUCCCAGCUCUGCCAGCAGGCACCUGUGACAGAGAUUGUCUGAGCCGCAGGGUACUGUGCCCGAGGGCUGUGUGUAGCAGUUUUGAAAGUACAUUUUUAGUGAAAUACCCACUCAUUCCUAAUCCCUGCUGUUCUGGUAUGAGAUUUGUAAACCUGACUUCAUGAACAGUUGUCUUUUCCUAAUUAAAAGGGUACAAUCACCAUCUA